ACAAGAGAACAAGUUCCUACAGAUUUAAUGUUCUUUUAACGACUUAUGAAAUGAUUCUUGCUGAUUCAUCUCAUUUACGGGGAGUUCCAUGGGAAGUUCUUCUCGUUGAUGAAGGGCAUCGUCUAAAGAAUUCAGAAAGUAAGCUGUUUAGCUUGCUCAACACAUUCUCGUUCCAGCACCGCGUGCUUUUGACAGGCACCCCUCUUCAGAAUAACAUUGGUGAGAUGUAUAAUCUUCUCAACUUCUUGCAACCAUCAUCAUUUCCUUCUUUAUCUUCUUUUGAAGAGAAGUUCCAUGAUCUGACAACUGCUCAGAAAGUAGAGGAACUGAAGAAACUUGUUGCUCCUCAUAUGCUUCGGCGGCUUAAAAAAGAUGCCAUGCAAAAUAUUCCACCAAAGACAGAGAGGAUGGUGCCAGUUGAAUUGACUUCAAUCCAGGCUGAAUAUUAUCGUGCAAUGCUAACUAAGGACUAUCAGAUACUGCGGAAUAUCGGAAAGGGGGUGGCUCAGCAGUCGAUGCUCAACAUUGUGAUGCAGUUAAGAAAGGUUUGCAAUCACCCAUAUCUCAUACCAGGCACUGAGCCAGAAUCUGAAUCAGUGGAGUUUCUUCAUGAGAUGAGGAUAAAAGCUUCAGCUAAGUUGACUCUGUUGCAUUCCAUGCUUAAGGUGCUACAGAAGGAAGGGCAUAGAGUUCUGAUAUUCUCGCAGAUGACAAAGCUUCUCGACAUUCUGGAAGAUUACAUGAAUGUCGAGUUUGGUCCUAAAACAUACGAAAGAGUGGAUGGUUCUGUUUCUGUAGCUGAUCGCCAGACAGCCAUAGCCCGUUUCAACCAAGACAAAAGUCGGUUUGUGUUUUUGUUAUCCACACGCUCCUGUGGCCUUGGUAUCAAUUUGGCAACAGCUGAUACUGUCAUUAUCUAUGAUUCUGAUUUCAACCCUCAUGCCGAUAUCCAAGCUAUGAAUAGAGCUCAUCGA